GGUCGCCUGAGGCCGCGCCAGCUUCCCCUCCCCGGGUCAGCGCGGGCGCUCAGGCCUGGGCGGCGAGGUGAUGGCCGCCUCGCACCGAGCGGGAAAGCUGCUGGCCUCCAGUUUCCAAACCCCGGACCGCGGGGUAAAUCGCAACACCGGAGCGCGGGUCGCCCAAUACGAACGCCAAGACCCCUCAGAGGCCCUGGCGGCGGCGGCGGCGGCCUUGGAAGAGGAGGGAGAAGAAGAGGAAGAGGAAGAGGAGGAGGAGGCGGUGCAGCCGGCGCGAGCGCCGGCUGAUUUUAGCACCAACGUUUCUGGGGUGGAUGAACAAGCACGUGUAAGCUGUGAGGACUUUGUGGACUUUUCUGAUAUUUUCCACUCUAAUGAAGAAUAUUUCAGGAAACUAGAAGAGCUGAAGGCUGCCCACAUGGAAACUAUGGCAAAGUUAGAGAAAAUGUACCAGAAUAAAUUAAAUUUAAAGGAGGUUCAGCCAAUGAUCAUCAGAGAAGAAGAUUCUAGUGUCUCUUCCGGGUCUGUAUCAGAAGAGAACUAUCAUCCUGUCUCAUUAAUGACAUCGCCUUCAGAGCCUGAUUUAGGUCAGUCUUCCUCCGUGGUUAUGUCUUCCUCUGAAGACGAGUUGCCCAACUUAGAAAAAGAGUAUCCUAAGAAAAACAGAAUGAUGACCUAUGCUAAGGAGCUCAUCAACAACAUGUGGACAGACUUUUCUGUUGAAGAUUAUAUUCAGUGUAAAGAUGCUGACUUCCCAGCAGUUGAAAAAGCAAAGAAGAAACCAAAAGAAUGGGUGCCAAAGAUUACAGUACCUGAGCCUUUUCAAAUGAUGGUUAGAGAGCAGAAGAAAAAAGAGAACAUGAAAUCUAGAUCAGAUAUUGAAAUGGUAGACAAACUGCUCAAAAAACAAGAUGAUGAUUCAGAGUGUAAGAAAAAAUUCCGAGCUAAUCCAGUUCCCGAAUUUGUCUUUUCUCCCCUUUACUGCGAUAUAGUCAAGCAAAAUGAAGAACGGAGGAGGUCUAUGAAGGAGAAGAACAAAGAAGCUCUUUUGGCGUCACAAAAGCCAUUUAAGUUUAUGGCAAGAGAGGAACAGAAGCGAGCAAUUCGGGAAAAGCAGCUGAGAGACUUUGUUAAGUCUAAAAAGAAAACAAAUCGAUUUAAAGCCAGACCAAUACCUCGAUCUACUUAUGGUUCAACUACCAAUGACAAGUUAAAGGAAGGAGAGCUCUGUAGAAACAUUAGGAUGCAGCUGAGAGCCCAAGAGCUUUUACAGAAUUCAUCCACUCUGCCUCGUAGGCCAGCUGGUAGAAGUUUUGCUACAAGGAAGCCCAAGUAUCCUGAACAGCCUGAAAAGUUGAAGUGUAAAUGCAAGUUGAGGUGCCAGACUGCUGAUUUGGAAAACCUUCCUGAGAGAUACCUCUCACAACAGAAGUAUCCAAAACUCCUAACAGCCUCUAAACCAUCUGAUCUUCAAGCAGCCAGCUCACAUGCAUCCACUAAAAGAGAGAAAAUUUUGGCAGACAUUGAAGCAGAUGAAGAAAAUUUAAAAGAAACGCGUUGGCCUUAUCUGUCUCCAAGGCGCAAGUUACCAGUAAGAAAUGCAAGUGCAAGGCCUGUGCCUUGUAACGGCAGCCCUGUGGUGCCCACAGUGUCUUCCAGAGGAAGAGAACAAGCCACAAGGAGAUCACUUGAGGAAAAGAAAAUGUUGGAAGAAGAGAGAAAUCGGAUCCUAACUAAGCAGAAGCAAAGAAUGAAAGAAUUGCAGAAACUCCUGACGACUCGAGCUAAGGCUUAUGACUCACAUCAAAGUUUAGCUCAAAUGUCUAAAUCCAGAGUAAAAUCUCUGAGAAAGAGUGAAAAGGAAAGGAUGAGAGAAUACCGACGAGAACUAGAAGAAAGAGAAGAAAAAUUAAAAAACAGGCCACUACUCUUUGAAAGAGUUGCUCAGAAAAAUGCAAGAAUGGCAGCAGAAAAGCAAUACUCUAACACCCUAAAAGCACUAGGAAUAUCUGAUGAGUUUGUUUCAAAGAAAGGCCAAAGUGGAAAAAUAUUUGAGUUCCUCACCGAUCAAGAGAUGAAAAGUUUCACUGAAGAAAAAGAAAGCUUUAAUGGAGAAGAAAAACUAGAAGAAAGAGAGAAUGAGGAAGAAAAUUAUUUUAUUGAUACCAACAGCCAGGAUUCUUGCAAGGAAAAAGAUGAAGCUGAUGAAGAGAGUGGAGAAGAAAAAUCUGUUGAUGAAUAAAACAGAAUCAGCAGGGCCUCCUCUCUGUGCCACACUGGUGUUUGCAGCCUCGGUGUCAGCAGCCGCGCGUGUGGUGUUAAGAAUGUCGAUGGGAACCCCUCCCAUAUGUGCAGGGCACUGAAGCAAAAUCCUCCAUCGCCUGAAAGGGCCGAAUCCAGCUCAUUGGUCAUUUGGUCAGUUAGACUAGGCUUUGCCUAUUCAGCGUUUUUAAUUGCUGCAUAUUGUCUGUUUGCAACUUUGAUCUUACUUGUAUUUUUAAAAAGCGUUUUUGAAUCACAGCUGUCACAAACUGAUUAAUUAUAAAAAUAUACAUUACUUCAUUAUUUUUGGUGGAAAAAAAUGGCUUAGCAUUGAGGGCAGAGAGAGGUAUUGGCCUUUUGUGAUUUGUUUGAAAAAAUUUCUCUGGAAAGCAGGAAUCAAUAAAUAUUUUAAAAUUAGA